AGUGGUCAGUGGAUGUGAUGUUCUCAGGACCAAGUCUAUGGAUGAUUUCAAGUUCCAGGGGUGGUUUGGGAAUAAGGAUUUUAGGUUUAUAGGGCCUGAAUUGCCAGUUGAUCAGUCUGACUUUGACCAGAUGGCAGAUUUCUGCCGCCGCACUGUAAGCACCAUAUGGCAUUACCAUGGGGGCUGCAUUGCCGGGAAGGUGGUUGAUGGUGAUUUCCGCGUCAUUGUACCACUCCGUACUUUUGGUAUAUCACCCAGGGACAAAUCCUCUGGCUACCCCACCCUUCUGAUACUUGGAAGAUAUGUUGGGCAGAAGAUAAUGAAUAACAGAAAGGGAGGAUAUAAAAUGGUUGACUGAUCAUCGGUUUGGAUGAAAAAGAACUGGGCAUACAUGCUCAAUGCUGCUAGUAGAGUAGCCACUGGCUGUAAGCUAGGC